GUAGUUUUUCAUUUGGCAAUUGACAAAUCUAAUUUUGAUUGAACUGUUACAUUCUUUUUAGAAGGAAAUAGUUCAGAAUCAAAACAUUAUAAAAAUGUUAAGCGAAGCUCAGAAGCAAAUUUGUUUAGAAAAACAUAAAAAAGCUAUGGAUUUGAGAAAGGAGUAUCUUAAACAGAGCUCAAAUCCAUUUCGUCAUGGUACAGGGGAAGGUGGUACACUGUUUGAUGCUGGAGUUGCCCGCUUUCAAGCUAUGAAAGUAAACCAUUAUGAGCACUUCAAACCGACGUAUAAAUCAUUCAAAGUAGGAAUGCUCGCUGUAUUUUUGCCAAUAGCAGUUUACGCCUGGAUGAUGAAAACUGAACGUGAUGGACGCGAAAAGCAGUAUAGAACAGGCCAAGUUGCUUAUAAAGACCGCCAAUUUAAAUAUAUUUAAGUUAAAAUACAUAUUGUCAAAAAGUUAAAAUAGAAUAAAACGGCUAAAGUAAAGAUUACAAAA